AUGAAAUACGUCGCCGCGUACUUGCUGGCGCAACUCGCCGGGAAGGAAUCUCCUUCCGAGGCCGAUGUGAAGGCGAUUCUCGCCGGAGCCGCGGCGGAGGUCGACGAUUCCAAGCUCUCCGCCUUCUUCAAGGAAAUCGAGGGUAAGGACGUCGCGGAAUUGAUCGCUGAAGGUAACGCCAAGCUCGCGUCCGUGCCCUCGGGCGGCGGCGGCGGCGGCGGCGGCGGCGGCGACGGCGGCGGCGACGCCGGCGGCGCGGCCGCCGCGGCGGCUCCGGAAGCCGAAGAGGAAGAAGAAGCCGACAUGGACUUCGAACUUGUUCGAUUAAUCGUUCGAUAG